UGCAGUGGAUACCAACUAGAAAUCCCUUCUGGUCAGUCACCUUACGGAUGUUAUCCUUUUGGGCUACAUACCAGAUACGCAUUGCCAUGGACAUGUAUUAUGCACGAUGAUACUAUCUUCUUGGUUUCGAAAAGCUGCAAGAAAGAUGUGUCAGCGAACGUGUUGGACCGUCAUGGCAAGAAACAUACUGCGUGUUUUGAUUGUCGCCGCUUGGAGAACAACGAGCAAAUAAUGGGUAUCCACGAUCGCAUGCACAAUGGAGUCCACGAAAAUUCCAACUACCCAUUCUUCUCUUAUUUCCAGCUCAUCGAGACUAUCAAACGCCUAAAGGGUCACAACAAUGACCUGCAGCUUAAGGGUCUCAAUUCAGCUCGACAGCUUGUGCGAAAGGCACGCACUUUGGACCUCAUGAACCGAUUCAAACUUGCCAUAGCGCAGUCUGGGGGUCGUUACCGUCUGCACGCUGUUGUUCGUGUAUGUGUCAAGCAUGGGGAUGGCAUCAGAACGAUACUGGAUAAGAUGGACUCCGCUCACAAACAACUUUUUAAGCCCCGAGACUAUGACGAAGAAGAGUUCCAACUUAUGAUGUUGAACCAUAGUCUAGGAGGUGGCCGUGUUGCUCAUCUGCAACGAAAAUCCCAUGGUCUUCCAUCAAUCAGUGCGACAAAGAGACGAUUAAAAGCACAGCCAAUCAUUCCGUCACCAGGAUAUCCAACCAACAAAGAGCUGUCCCACAACCUCGGGAUUGCCUUUCCCGAUUCAUUGAAUUCGCAGGAGGAAGAGCCCGUGACUAUAUUUGCUGAUGAAAUCAAAGUCGAGGAACGCCUUCGCUGGGAUAGCGCGGAAAAUAAGAUUAUUGGCGUGUGUCGUGAACACGGACAUUCAGUGUCACUGGAUUUUGUGUCUAUUGCUGAAGCAGAUGCUGUCCUGGCUGCAUUAAUUGAUGUCACGGUGCCUGAGGAACGACGGGUCCACCUUUCAAGCGAAGCAACUGUCAUUGCAGCUCGUAUUUUAUCGCCGGAUUCAACCCGAAAUAUUGGACGUCCUUUUGUAGUAUCGGGUACCUGCAAGCGAGAGGAUGUUGCAGGCCAGCACCGUCUCCUCUCUGGUGCCCUUGCAGCAUUUAACCAAGUUGUUGCUAUUCCGCGGAACAAACGAGUGUACUCCAUUUCAUCAGAUGGUGAUUCUCGUCGGAGGCAAGCAUUAGCACGUCUUACGAUGUCAAAAGAGUUGCCAACAUUGUCACCAAUCUUCGAAAGACUGUCUGUGCUGCCUUUGAUGAAUCUUCGAUGUGGGUUGGAUGACGUGACUGGUGACUUUGAUGCAAAGCAUAAUUUCAAGCGUUACCGUAACUCCCUCCUGCGCAAGAAAGGGGUGACCGUUCGUGGUGCUGUCAUCACAGCUGCUAUUCUCAAGCAUCACCUCAGCAGCCUGCCGAAACUCACUGAACGUCGAAUCAAUGCGCUGUUAUAUCCAAAUGACAAACAAGAUGUCCCCCUCGCAUUCAGUCUGCUCACUGCCAUUGGUCGUCUCCCCGAUGCAGCACCUGAUGCAGCACCAACAUACGUGGUCACCCGUCGCAUCUUACAGCUGCUUGGCAAAUUGUAUCACCACUUACUUGAACCCUAUACCAAUGUUGAGCUGUCAUUGCAGGGGCAGCUCGAACACCUAUCUGCCGCUGCUCAUAUCACAUUAGCCCUUUACGAGGAGAACAAAGGGAAUUUCAUUCCUGUCCAACUCUAUUACGACACGAUGACGAUGGUGAAGAACGUCUUCUUUUGCACCGCCAAAGUCCAGGCUAGCAACCCUGAUGGCGAGUUCUGGAUCAUUCUGCUCGGUACAGACCCGUUGGAAGAGUGUUUUGGAGAUAUCCGCACCAUGGUUGGCAAUGAUACCAAUGCAGACACAUUACAAGUUUCAUCACGGCUCAAUACAGCGCUACUUUGCUCGACUCUACUUGCCAUUCAUCCUGAGUGGAAAUGUACCCCCCGACGGCUCGCACUCCCGAGCAUCGUCGAAACACCUACUGGCGAAGUUUCCCAGAAAUACGAUCAUAUAUCACCACGGUCUUGGAAAGGGGAUGUACACGUCCAGAAUGUUGUCUUGCAGACAUGCUGGAUCAACGGUCGCCGCGAUGCUGAAGAGGAGCUACGAUUGUGUGGGAUUGAGCCGCCAUUUCAACGGCUGGAGGGUGGGCAAGGGUGUGACAUACUCGCACCUUUUGGUGGUGGUAAAGUGGUUCUACUUGAUGGACUACAUGUUGGUGAACGAGAAGAAGAUAUCGAAGAGGUGGAAGAACCUUCGGACGGAGGAGCACGUGGCCCAGUCAAUCGAGAGGUGGCCGAUAUUGAUCUCGAGCCUGAUCUGGAAGACAUGGUCAACACAGAAUUGGUAUUGGCGGACUCCUCACCAGUGAAAUCUGAUGCGUGGAUUCCACUUGACAGUUCGCAAGAUCAUGCCAAGCGGAUUCACAAAGCCUCCAUUCUGCGCAUGUACUCUAGUCCACUGGCAACAACGGGCUCCAAGGAUCGUUUGCGAAGAAAUCGAGGUUACUCAUCCUAUGAUGAUGUCAUUUCGGCGACUCAACAAUCAAACAACAACAUCACAUCAAAUACCGAUGUACUGACCAUUGAAGACCCAAUAGCCACGCUCCUUCGAUGCAAUCAACAAGUUUUCCUUGCUAUCGGACAGGUCAUUGACAUGCGAUCGGGAAGCAACACUGUCCAGAUUAUUCCUGUUGACGAGUUACAAGAGCCAAAUGUGCACAUUCGUGUGCAAAUCAUGCAGCUUGCCACGCUCGCACCAGAGGCUAAUACUGACUCCGAGGGACAUGACAACAACAACGUCAUCCUCGAUUGGGAAUGGACAGGUGCUUUCGAGCAGCUACCGGGUACAUCUGCAGCACGGGAGCUUGAUGGGCGAUGUGUUGAACCUGUCAACGCUGAUGUUCAUCUCUCGACACUCCAAGGCACAUCAACAUAUCGCUUUUCCACAGUAAUACUUCGCGGACUUGCCUUAUUGUUGUUCGAACGUCUCAAGAAUGACGUCUCAAGUAUCCCUAAUGUUCCACUCACCCCAACCUUUCCCUACCGUUCUGCUAAUGGGGCCGCGUGUUUUGUCUGCGAGGUGGAUGGAGAAGCUCGCGGAACACUCCAUGAGCGUUAUCGCUGUCUUCGCUGCCCCGCCAUUGCAUUUGAGGAGCUCGGCCCAAAGCUUAUUGAGCACAUGGGCGGACAUAUUUUAUUUGAUCAGGACUUACAGGACAAGCACAAUGUCUGUGGUCUGUGCCUCAGCAUUGGGCUAUGCGAGAUUCGGCUCGUGAGAGGUGCUGGAGGCUCAGAAGUUGUCGAUAUCAGUCGUUCGCGGUGCCCGAACCUAUUCAAGAUCAAGUUGAAGAAUGCACGCAAGUCAACGAAACACUCACCUUGUACAAACACCCCAGUUCAUUGCCCGUACUGCGACAGCAAUGCUGCUCCGGUGUGGAAAUAUUCGUUGUCGUGUCACAUCGAUACACUGCACCCGUCGGCGAAUAAGGCGCGGUUCGAAGAAUUGUGGAGGCUCGACGACGAUGAGAGGACACAAGUAUCAACCAAAUUCAAAAUGAAGCCUCGCAAGCGGAGGCAAGUGACAGCAACAUCUACACUGCGGAUUUCCGAACAGCAUAGCUCAAGAGUGGCGUUA